CGUCCAUCAUCUCGAGCACAAUGACAACAAGCAGAACGCUCACCCCGCCUGCCUGCAUGCUAUGGACUCCCGAAGUGGGGGGCAUACAGCUUGUCAGGCCUCUCCAACUUCAAGCAAUCAACGAGCGAAAAGAUCAGGAUUGCCCAAGUUCAGUAUCAUGACAGUCGGCACCUUUCUUUGGCAGUAAGUCAGUUCAGGAUCCCUCGAGGCCGAUACCAAGGAGUCUGGUGUCGUUAUUUGUAAGCGGAGACGACUCCCUUCCUAACCUCGUGUCGAGUCUUCGAUGUGAUUUUGUGAUGGAUUUGACUAAUCUAUAGAAAAUCUUAUGCUUUCCGGAAUCACCGGAUCGCACACGAAAGCAAAGCGUUCUCACAGGGGUAGGGACGAUCAUAAAGCAUAGAGACGUAAGUAGUCGAUCGUGGAAGCCGCCCUUGUUGUCUUGAUACACUCUGUCGAUCAUGACCGAGCGCACUCUACGGCUCGGAAUCCUCCAAGACUCCGGUGCGCCCGAAGGAAGCACCGACUACACGACGAUCGUCCUCUUGCACGGGCUUCUAUGGCAUAGCACCGUAUUCGCGAAAUUGGUCCCUAUCGCUGGCCGAUUCAACGCCCGCGUCAUACUGGUGAACAGACAAGACUAUCCGGGUGCCGAGCCGUUCACCCUCGAAGAGCGAGCCGAGCUCUCGAAGGCGGUCGAAGAGCUAAAGAAGAAUCCCCUUUCCGCAAGGGACAGACUGGAUGCGCACAUGAAGAGGCAAGCACGCGAAAUCUACGAUCUACUCAUCCACCUCGUGGCCGAACACCACAUUCCUCCAGCGAAUUUCGAGGCGAACACAGGCGGGAUCAUCAUCGGAGGAUGGUCGUUUGGGGCGGCUUGGAUGACGGCGCUGCUAGCAAACGCUGCGUCCUUCCCUGUUCGCGACAUCAAACUGGGCCGAUAUAUGCGGAGGGUGAUCAUAUAUGACACCGCCGACUUCGUGAUCGGCUUUCAAACCCUCCCGGACGCUUACUUCCCUUUGAACGACGGGACGCUCCCGGCUGAGCAAUACGCACAGCUCAUGGCCAAAUGGAUCACCGCAUACUUUCCGCACGGAGACAGUCCCGAACAGUACGAGUACAAAACCUACCUCACUUCUCCGCCUCCUACGUUCACCGUGAUGACGGAGGAGGAACGACAGUCCACCAAGCAUGAUGCGCCAGGCGACUCAAAGUCAGGAUCCGAUUAUCUUCUCAUGAUCGCUGCGAGACAAAGCGGACUGUUCGACACCCUCCGCAAGAAUGCCUUGCGCCUCCCCCCUCCGAACGCGUCCCUGGUAGGCGACGCAUGGAAAGAUGUCGAAGUCCGCAACCUCUUGUGUGACCGCUCGUUGUGGUUCAUACUUUGGGCCGACGUCAACUUGCGUAGAGAAGUCGCAGACGAGAGGAAGGCCGGGAUACCCUUGCGUCCCGUGACGUUCACGCGGGUACGAGGCGCGAAUCACUUUGUCCAUUGGGACGAACCUGAGCGCGCAAUGCAUGCUAUCCUCGAUGCUGUUCCUGCUGGCAGCGAUGAUCUCGAGGUGUAGUUGUGACACACCUGAGCUUUUUGUAACGCAACGUUUCAGUGAAGUGAAUACUACCUUCUGAAAGCCAACUGGGCAAUGCAAGGGUCGCAUUAAGCAUGCAGAUAGACGAUAUGUUAGCAAUCGCCUGACCCUCGCCGAAAUCUCUGGGAACGAGACCCCUUGAAAACGAAUAACUACACGUCCCGUUGAAUGGCAACUCUGAAGCUCUAGGAACGGCUUUCUCGACGCAUACAGCCA